AUCGAGUUGUUACAGUUCUUUUGCAUUCUCUUACAAUGGAAGAGAGUAAAAUUCUUCAAUAUUUUGAGGGGAAGACAAUUCUCAUUACUGGAGCCACAGGAUUUUUAGCAAAAAUUUUCUUGGAGAAAAUACUUAGAGUUCAACCCGAAAUCAAAAAAUUGUUUCUUCUAAUUAGAGCAGUGGAUAAGAGAUCUGCUGAACAACGCUUACAUGAAGAGGUGCUCAACACUGAAUUGUUUGGAGUUCUUGAGGAGAAAUACGGUGCUGACUUAAUUCCUUUUCUACUAUCAAAAGUUAUUCCUGUUUGCGGUGAUGUUUCUUAUGAGAACUUAGGUAACUAUGACUCAAAAUUGAGAGAUGAGAUGUGGCAAGAAGUAGAUAUUAUUGUUAACUCAGCCGCAACAACUAAAUUUGAUGAAAGAUAUGAUGUUGCAAUGGGGAUCAAUGCUUUAGGAGCCAUGCACGUCCAAAAGUUUGCCAGUAACUGUUCAAAAAUAGAGAUGUUUGUCCAUGUAUCCACGGCUUACGUACAAGGCUUGAGUGUAGGUCUCAUACCAGAAAAGCCAUUUCAUAUGGGCGAGACACUUGAUGGAGCUAAAAUCUCCUAUUUAGACAUCGACACAGAAAAAAGGAUAGUGGAAGAAAGACUAAGAGGGCUUGAAGCUCAAAAUGCAACAGAACUAGAAAUUGCAUCAGCUAUGAGAAAUUUGGGCACUGACAGAGCAAAGUUGCAUGGGUGGCCAAACACGUAUGUGUUUACAAAGGCUAUUGGGGAAAUGCUUUUGGAGAAGUUGGAGGAAAACGUUAAGCUCAUUAUUGUGCGCCCAACAAUUAUAACAAGUACUUAUAAAGAGCCCUUCUCUGGUUGGACAGAGGGUAUAAGAACUCUUGACAGCAUCUUCGUUGCUUAUGGCAAAGGAAAACUAAAAUUCUUCGUUGGUGAUCCCAACUCAACACUUGACAUGAUACCUGGUGAUAUGGUGGUGAAUUCUAUGCUUGUAGCAAUGGCUGUGCAUACAAAUCAACCAUCUCACAGGUUAAUUUAUCAUAUUGGUUCAUCUCUAAGAAAUCCACUAAAAUAUGAAGAUAUGAGGUGGCUUAUGUAUAAUUAUUUAACUGAGAAUCCUUUGCUUGACACGGGCGGGAAGCCUAUCAAAGUUGAGAAAGGCAAAAUAUUGGAAACUAUGGCUAGCUUUCACAGAUAUAUUGCAAUCCGUUACUUGCCAUUUGUACAGAUGUUAAAGUUGGUGAACAUGAUACUUUGCAACCAUUUCAGAAACUUACAUGCCAAUGCAAGACGAAGAAUCGAUUAUUCGAUACGUUUAGCAGAACUAUACAAACCAUACUUGUUCUUUCACGGAACUUUUGAUGAUACUACAACUGAAAAUCUACGAACAACAAUUAGAGGAAGCGAGGUGUUCAAUUUUGAUCCAAAGUGCAUUCAAUGGGAUGAGUACUUUAUGAACACACAUUUUCCAGGAAUCACAAAGUACGCAUUGAAGUGAUCUCACACUUUAAGAUGGGUUUGUGUGUUAGUAUUUUUCCGAAGAAUAAAGUAUGUUUAUAAUAACUUCAACAAUAGGAAGAAUUAACAAUCGUCUACUUUAUGAUUUUUUUUUUUUUUUGAACAAUGAAAUAUUGGCAAGUUUGGAAUUGAUGAUACUUCGUCUUUGAUGAAGAAAACCAUGUAAAAUGCACCGUAUAUAAUACUCUUAGUUUUCCAUUAAUGUACA